GUAUAUUCCUUCAUAAUAAUCCUUUAAGAGUGCUGCAUCCCUCAUGAAACCAUUGUCCAACAUCUCAGCAGCAACAGCUCCUUAUCCUAAUACUGGAAAGUAUAAGGAAAUGACCUCACAAUCUGGCGGAAUGAUGGACAUCACAACUUCAGGACUAAAAGCUACAUCAAGAAGGCGUCAAAUACCAAAGGUUCCAUUAGUCAUGAGAAUUGACAAUCAAAAAAGUGAUGACUAUGAUCCUAAAGUAGUUUCAUUGGGACCUUACCACCAUGGAAAACCAGAACUCAAUUUUGUUGAAGAUUUCAAGCCCAAGGCUCUACAAAUGUUCAUUCAUGGAAGUAACAAAGACCAAGAUUUCUUCCUUGAAAAAAUUCUAGGGGAGAUUGAUGAUUUUAGAAGUUGUUACCUCGAAGAAUUCGCUAAUAAGUAUGAUGACUCUGAAUUUGCCAGAAUGAUGCUCCUCGACGCGUGUUUCAUACUAAAUGAUAUCGAGAUUUCAACAAAUUCGACACCAAAUUCCGCCUCUAAACAAAUCGAUACCAUUAAGCACCUUGGCAUCGCAAUUUAUUUGAUCACUAGACGUGACCUAUAUUUGCUCGAAAAUCAGGUAUGAAUGGUAGAGACAUAUAGGCUCAAGGAUGAUCAAUUGAACCCCUUUUAUAGAUCAAACUACUAAAAAUGCGCAAAUUUCCAAUGAAUAUUUCCAAGUGGAGGUCCAUCCGAAACUUUUCCGGCUGACUUUCCGUUGGAAAUAUCAUAUUUACAUUUUUAUACAUAUAUACUAAAUCUUCACCUUUCAGGUACCUUUUCACGUUCUCAAGCUCUUGGUUAAGUUGAGAUACAGUGGUGAGCAAUGUAGUGCAUUUGAAGAGAAUCUGAAAAGCUAUUGUUCUCAAAUGUUCUUCGGUAAGCAAGAGGACAACAUGCAAGAAAAUUCGAUGGAGACAGAACCCCCUCACCUUCUUGAAUUUUUUCGAAGGGUACUUGUUCAUGGUAGCUACGAUGAAGCUAAUGUCAAACAAUCACGAUGUUUUGAUUUCAUCUUCGAUCGUUGGAGAAAAAAUCAUUUACUACACAAAUCGGCAUUGGGCACAAAUGUGUUCCGCUCAGUCAUGGAUUUGAAAUCAAAAGGGAUUCACUUUAGGCCUAGUGGAAUUGAUUCUUUUAAAGGUGUGAGAUUUACGUCUCACUAUUACUAUGCAAAUCUCAAACUCCCAUGUUGGUAUGUUUCAACAUACACUAAAGUAUUUUUCAUGAACAUGAUAGCUUAUGAAUUGUGCCCAAAUGGUCCUAUUGAUAGAGCUGUUGUGUCAUACAUAAAUUUCAUGAAAUCUCUUGUGAUUUCACCAAAUGAUGUGAAAGAAUU